AUGAUUUGCCUCCUCCUCGGCACAGAUACCGUUAGAUCGGGGGUGCGCAAUCUCCUAGUUGAGAAAAGACAGUCACCUCACUCAACGGCCUGGCGGGCGGCUGCUAGGAUCUAA